AGCUUCAUUCUGUACCAGCUCCAGAAAUUCCCCCUCGUACACCGCACACCACACUCCCAACUCCCACCGACAUAAUUUUGCCAAUCGGCCUCAAAUUAUCAUUAUGGCGCCCAAUAUGUCUCUUUUCUCCGUCAAUGCCAUCAUAAUCCUCAAUGCCGAAGAUGGCUCGCGAGUAUUCACCAAAUACUACGCACCACCCCACCACAACUCUUCUUCUCCAGCAGCACCAUACCCCGAUCAAAAAUCGCAAAAAGCAUUCGAGAAAGGCCUCCUCGAAAAGACCCAAAAGCAAAACGCUGAUAUCAUCCUCUACGACAAUCGCAUUGUAUUAUAUAAGAGCGAGAGCGAUGUUAUGAUGUAUGUUGUUGGAGGAGUGGAUGAGAAUGAGAUUAUGCUUUACAAUGUUAUUUUGGCUUUGAGGGAUUCUUUGCAUCUGCUAUUCAAACAAUCUGUAGACAAACGGACUAUAAUCGAGAACUACGACCUCCUUUCUCUGGCAGUUGAUGAGAUGGUUGACGAUGGUAUUAUUCUCGAAACAGACCCCACGAUUAUCGUCCAAAGAGUCAGCAAGGCGCCUACGCAAGAUGUGGCACAAUUGAAGGGUAUUGAUUUGAGCGAGCAAGGCAUGAACAAUUUGGCACAAUUCGGAAAGGCCAAGUUAGGAGAUUGGUUGAGGCAGGGUCUGUGAAGGGCAUGGAGAAAGAAGAUCAUGUCAUUGCGGAUGGGCAACAUUACAUUUGGUUGGGAGCCAUAAAAGGAGUUUAGAUUGUACUGGAGUUGGGGCAUAUCAAAUUCCCAGGCAUAGGAAUAGUGAAAUCA